AGGGGUGGGUUACAAAAAAAAAAAACCUCCAAGCAACCGUUUGAACGAGCUUAUGAUACCGAAGGCAGGAUUUUGGUUUAUUUCUGUUUAUUUUUUUACCCAGACGCUGAAACAAAUAUUUUUUGGAUUGGUACAUUUAAGGGAUUAGAAUCAUAGUGACCGGAAGUAGGUAUGAAUUUGGAAAGAUAAGGACAUAUAAGUUAGCUAGCAAGCUAAUAGGCGAACUUAUUGAGAGUGGGUUUGUUAAGAGCCCCAGCUCGGCCAUUAGAGCAGCUCUGUAUAUUCACACUCCACUUCACUAUAUAUGCCAAACGUUUGGGGGUUUAAAAAGCGGAAAUGCCUAUCAAACUGACCACUCAGGCGUACUGUAAGAUGUUACUCCACGCGGCCAAGUAUCCCCACUGCGCCGUGAACGGAGUGCUGGUGGCUGAGAAGCAAAAGGACAAGAAGAAAGAGGGCCAUGGAGCCCCUGUCCUGUGUGUGGACUGUGUGCCUCUCUUUCACGGCUCUUUAGCCCUGGCACCGAUGCUCGAAGUGGCCCUGUCUCUGAUUGAUACGUGGUGUAAAGAGAAUAAGUACGUCAUCGCCGGUUACUAUCAAGCCAAUGAACGCAUAAAGGACGCAAGGCCUGGUCAGGUUGCUGAAAAGGUCGCUACAAGGAUUUUAGAGCACUUCAGCGACGCAGCCAUGAUCAUCGUGGACAACAGUAAGUUUAACAUGGGCUGCUUCACACCAGCGCUUUCCAUCUAUGAUCAUUCUGACAAUAAGUGGAAGUGCAGAGAUCCAAGCGCUGACCCGUUCGAGGACUGGACAGAAGCUCAGAAGAUCGCAGCCGCCUUGCUGGAGAACAGAUCCUACGAAAACCUCAUAGACUUUGACAACCACCUGGACGACCUCAGGAACGACUGGACGAACCCCGAGAUCAAUAAAUCCGUGCUGCAUCUAUGCUGAAGGCGUCGUCCAGCCCAGGGGCCAGCUGGAAGGGCCGUUUCACCCCAUCAAGCCGUCAACGCCAGCAUGGGUCGUCUUCUCGUUACCGUAUUCUGAUUGGCACGUGAAGCACAGAGAUGUGAAAUUGUUUCACUGAAGCGGAGUUUUAGAGCGUGGUGUGCCGUGAGGGAUUCAGAACAGCGAUUCAGAACUUUUCAUGUGGGAAAUGUUUUUACGCAUCCAGCUACUUCAUUACUGAUUGAUCGGUUUAAAAAAUUGUUCACUGCACCGCAUUAUACGCUUUCUUUAUCUUCACACCUUUACUUUAAUUGAUAAUUUCACUCUGUUACCGAUCGAGACCCUUACGGCUUUACACUCCGGCUUAACGCUGAGGUUUUCUACGGCUUGGAUUUCCCCUUAAAUAAUAUUAAAACCUAGAGUUCUGAAGAAUUGGAUUUGUUUGUUUGUUUGUUUCUUUGUUUGUUUAAUAUCCUCACAAAGUCCAGCAGUAAAUUCUAGCGAGUCGUUCGUAUCCGUCUCGGUUAAUGUAGCCUGGCGGAGACGGUGAUGAAUAAAGUCGUUAAUGUCACGUUUUCACUUCAUGAACAUGAUUUAAUAUAUUUAACCAUUUUAAUAUGUGACAUUAGGAAGAAAUUAAGUCUUAAUAUAUAAACCAUUUUUUAAGCUCUGCCAUGUUCGGGUUUAGUUUGGUUAAGACUCAGUUGAUUAUUUGUGUUUUAAAAAUAAAUUGUUAACAAUAGUGCAGGCUUGAUUAAUGACGGAUAGAAACAUGAUGUUUGUUUGUUUAUUAUUAUUGUAAUCCGGUUUGAGAUCUCAGUGAUUAAAGUUGAGCUUUUGUAAAAACAAAUGCA